AUGACAACUACGCUUCCUCCCCCGAACAACCCGUCGAUAAACGCCGCGCAGACUGCCAACGCCGCUUCCUCCACCUCAGGAACGACGUCGCCUUCAGCCGCUGGCUCGGCUCAUCAACCCACCGCUCGCUCGUACGCAAACGCAACCAAGAAGAAUUACACUCCGCCACCCAUCGCGUCCGGCAAUCCCAACGCUGCUGUGCAACAUGGCAAGACAAACUCUCCUUCUCCUGUGAAUGGUAAAUCUUCUGUUCCGCCAGCUGUACCCAACAUGAGCGCUCCUACUAUUGUCAGCGGCAACGGUGCUCAUCAACAACAACAUCAUCACGCCGAUCACAGUCGCAAGGCCUCCAUGACCAUCAGUGCCGCCGGUACUUCAAUCAAUAAUACAAAUGGUGGCCCCGUCGGCACAGCCGGCAGACCAAACAUCGCCUUUGGCUCCAUGAACGCUGCUGGUUCUCCUGCUAAUACCCAUACCAUUCCGCACCAACCGCAAGCCUCGACCCUCGCUCCAGGCCCCAAUCCUCGCGUUGUCACACCUGCCCACUCACCUUCACCCAUCCCACAGACCUCGAGCGGCGGAAGACCUCCCGCGAGCCUCCAGCCUCAGGCCAGCGGACCUUUGGUCUUUGGUAGCCAAGGCGAUGGUAUGGAUCCAAAUGCGCGCCCAAUGUCCAUGCAACAGGGUCCUCCACAAGCACAACACCUUCGCAGAGAAUCUUCGCAAUCUGCACACAGCGAAUCACCUCUCAACCAAAUGCGCUAUCCACCAAAUGCCGGCAGAGGUCGCGGUGGCUUCACUCCUGCCUUUCAGCCCAACUCUUCGCCCAGCAUGCAAUACCGUCAACCUAACCCUCGAGCUCCUGGCCAGUUCCCAGCUCAGAUGGGCAACUCUCCAUACCGCGCCUCUCGCACACCCAACAUCACCCCAGCCCAGAUGCAACAGCAGCAAGGCUAUGCCAACCCGAACAUGCAGCAGCCACCACCCUUUGCCUAUCCGCAUCUUUCUGGCCAGCAACAAGUAAAUCAGCCGUUUCCUUCUCGACUCUCUCCCGACAAUCUCUUUUGUGAACAAUACUUCAAUUCUCUGUCUUCCAAUUUUCGAUUGCCUGGUGUUCUUUCUUCAAACUUUCGAUUGCCCUGCGAUCGCAGGGCGCUUUCUUUCAGCAAACAAGAAUUUUCAACUGCCGACUACGAGCACUAUCUGACAUACUUGAAGACGCAGGGCCCGUAUAUGAUGCAAGGCUACUACGAUCAUACCUAUGGCGCCUACCAGCCCCAGUAUGGCAUGCAUCCUAACAUGCCGCAGUACCCGACCCAACAACCCUCGAGCCCGCGCCCAGGCUACGCUCCGCCUCAGCACCCUUACAUGGCUGGACAGUUCCCUCCGCACGCUCAUGGCAUGCAGCGGACUCCCUCACAGCAAAGCCAGCACCAGCACAUCGACCGCCCUUCAUCCGCCCUCAACCAGCCACAGACUCCGGCCUUGCCAUCUGCUAACCAUGCUCACACCCCUAGCCAGAGUUCCGCCAGUCCCGCGCCCAGCUCGACCAAAUUCACCGUGCCCGCCAAGACUAAGAGCAAGGGCAUCGUGAUCAAGAACCCGGAUGGCGAGGUCAUCACCUUCCCGAAGAAGACCGCAUCGCCGGCGCCUGCUUCGCUGGCAGCAGGCGGCCCCAUUGUCGUCUCCUCUACGCCCACGCCCCCUCCCCGUGCACCAAGCGCUACCGAAGCCUCCCACGCGAGAAACGAAAGCUCAGCCAAGAGCGACGCCGAGAAGAAGUCCGAGUUCCGCGAGCAAGUCAAGAAGCAGCUCGAGUCCGAGCAAGUCGAGUCGCGUCGCCGAAAGGAGGCCAAGGAGGCCGACGAGAAGAGUGCUGCUGCCGCCGCCGAUGAAAAGCUCGAGGCCGAGACCAAGGCCAAAGCUGCUCGAGAGAAGGAAGAGGCUGACGCCAAGGCUGCACAAGAGAAGGAAGCCGCCGAAAAGGCUGCCGCCGAAGCUGCUGCCAAGAAGGCCAAAGACGAUGAAGAGGCCAAGAAGAAGGAGCAGGAGAAGGCCAAGCUCGAGGAAGAAGAAGAGCAAGAGCGCAUGAUCCGCGAGAUGGAAGAAGCAGAGCGUCUCGAAGAGGAGCGCGAGAACGCCUUCAAGGAGAAGCAACGAAAGCAGAAGGAAGAGCAGGCCAAGAUCGAGGCCGCAAGAAAGGACGAAGAGCUCAAGAGACUCGAACGUGAGGCCGAGGAGCUCGAAGAGAAGAAGGCCAGCGGCGCCAAGUCUUCGGAUGAGGACGCUGCUGCUCUGUUUGCCAGCCUCAAGAAACCUCAGCUCGGACCUGGUGCCAGUGCUGCCUCUGAAAGCGGUACUUCGACUCCUACUUCGACCACCACUGACAUGCCGCCUCCCCCGCCCCAGCCUGCUUCUCAACCCAAGCCUGCCACCUCUACCAAGCGGCCGACUGCGCUCAAGCUAGAGACUCACAAGUCCGUCGAGCCCGCGCAGCCCACUGCUGGGAUGGAGUCACUCAAGUCCGCUCGCUUCCUCCAAGUUCGCGACGAGCUCAAAUACCCAUCUGGGAUCCAGUCGCCAAACCCGGCACUCAACCAGGGCGGAAAGACCAAGGGUCGCCAAUACGACAAGGAGUUCUUGCUCCAAUUCCAGGAAGUCUUCAAGGAGAAGCCCUCGGUCGACUGGGACAGCAAGCUCAAGGAAACCGUCGGCGAUGGGACUGACUCUGCCCGUCCAGGCUCGUCACGCACACCGGGUGGGAUGGGUCCUCGCGGCAGCUCGAUGCGUGGAAGUGUUGGUGGCAGCAGUAUGUCGAUCAUGGGCCAGUUCAGUGGCCCUGCUGGCCGCACACUGCCCCCUGGUACUACCUCUCAAGAUCGCUUCAACCUGUCUUCGUCGUCACAGCGCGGCAACAUGACCAACCCUCUCGCCAGCCUGGUCAACCGCCCUGGUGGAGCAUUCCCGAUGGGGGGCAACCAAAUGGGUCGUCAACCGUCCUUUGGUGGCAUGCCUCAGAACCAGGGUACUUCACGACAGGGCAGUCAUCGUGGCAGCAAGCGGGGCGGCCCGCGUGGUAACGAUGGUCGGCAACCGAGCAAGCGUGAGGAAGAACAGGCUGCCAAGGCCAUGCCUUUGACUGCCGGCAUGGACCUCAAACCGCUUGAGAUGUCCAAGACGGGCUGGAAGCCAACGAGUCUGACGGGUGCUGCGCCCGCCGUCCUGCCUGGCGGACACAUGGCCCCAGACAUGGUCCAGCGCAAGGUCAAGUCAAACCUGAACAAGAUGACGCCAGAGAACUUUGAGAAGAUCACCACUCAGAUCUUGGAUAUUGCCGGCCAGUCCGUGCAUGAGACCGACGGCCGCACCCUUCGACAAGUCAUCCAGUUGACGUUCGAGAAGGCAUGUGACGAAGCACACUGGGCUUCCAUGUACGCCAAAUUCUGUAAGCGCAUGCUGGAGACGAUGAGCACCGAAAUCAAGGAUGACAACAUCGUCGGCAAGGACGGUUCACCCGUAGUGGGCGGCGCUCUCUUCCGGAAAUACCUGCUGAACCGUUGUCAAGAAGACUUUGAGAAAGGCUGGGAGGCAGACUUGCCCGCGAAGCCCGAGGGCGAGAAGGAGACGCAGAGCACCGAGGUGCAGAUGCUGUCGGACGAGUACUACAUUGCGGCCGCGGCGAAGCGUAAGGGUCUUGGUCUGAUCCAGUUCAUUGGCGAGCUGUACAAGCUCAACAUGUUGACGCUCCGUAUCAUGCACGAGUGUGUGUUGAGGCUGCUCAACUUUGAGGGUCUGCCGGACGAGUCGUCGAUUGAGAGUCUGGUCAAGCUGAUCCGAACGAUUGGUGCUACCAUGCAUGCGUCCGAACAGGGCGAGAACAUGAUCGCCGUCUACUUUGAUCGCAUCUCCAAGAUCGAGAAGAUGGAGGGACUCAACAGCCGUCUCCGCUUCAUGCUCUUGGACCUCAUGGACCUGCGCAAGGCUGGCUGGAAGUCCAAGGACGACCAGAAAGGACCAAAGACAAUCACUCAGAUUCACGCCGAGGCCGCUGCCGCCCAGGCUGCCCAGGAGCAAGAGCGCCUACGUCAAAACCAACGCGGUGGUGGUAACCGCAUGCCUAUGGGCCGUGGAGAUGCUCGCUCUGCGUCUGGACACAUGCCCCAACCGGACUACCAACGCAACGUCGUCGGUAUGGAUGAUCUCAGGAAGCUGUCCAAGAACGCGGCUUCACGCACCAACAGCCAAAGCCCCGGUACGUUCGGCCCAAGCUCUCUCUUUGCCGGCCGUACCAGCAGUGGCCGACGCGGUCUCGGGCCAGGUACGCUCGGACGGGGUGACGAGUCUGGCGCAUCGUCUCGCACCGCCACUCCACCCACCAAGGAAAAGGAGCCGGCAACCCACACGAAUUCGUUCAGUGCCCUUGCAAGUCUAAAUGCUCAGGAAGAGGAAUCCGCAGAGGUUGGCUCAAACCCUUCAUCGCCGCCAGUUGCCAAGACCCAAGCCGCACGCUUGCAGGAGGCUGAGGCGGGCAAACCAUCCGAAUCAUGA